AUUUUAUUCACUUCCAUUUCUAUCGGCAGCCUUUUAACAUCGGAUUUUGGUUCCUGUUGGUUCCUGGGUCAGCUUGUCGGCUUUCGAUGUCGCGUUAUCAGUACACCGAUCACAUCCUGGAAGCCUUCAAUGUCUUCCAUCGAUCCAUGGAACUGGACGAGGUGGCCGGCUAUGUGGCCGAAAUGGAGGCCAAGUCCGUGGCCGAAGUACGCCUGGCAGUGGAUAAUACCCUAACAGCUGCCUGGCUACAUGGCUUUCUCACCCGAGACGAUAACCAGUUCACUCUGGCCUGUGGCUACUGGGAUGAUGUGCAGCGGGGAGCGGUGCAGGAAGGCAGCCGCCAAAAGAGGCACUCGGUCACAAAGUCAAAGUCUUAUCACUUCACCAUUUCAGAGAGUGGAGAGACAAUCUCCGAUGGUGCUGGCCUCCAGGAUAUGAACUAUGGCGACCAAAUACUGUCUGCCUUUGCGGUUCAGCGUCGUCCUCUUACUUUGGCCGACAUUGUGAACUAUGUGUCCAUGGCCUCGAACAAAAGUCCAGCGGAGGUCUAUGGGACAGUAAGAUCUACCCUGGACUUGGCCCUAGCCCAUGGGUUUGUGCACAAGCAGCAGGACCAGGCCUUUCUGCUGGCCAAGGAGCUGCAGCAGUCGCUUUAGUCCUUUUGGAUUUUUGGUAUCUAAAUAAAAGAGUGAGACUUAUUUUUAAA